AUGAAUCCACCAAAACCUUCUGAAGAGGCAGCACCUGCCUACCAUGAACUAUUCGACACAGACUCUAUCAAUCAACCGACAGCCACAUCAUCAAGGACGCAUCAAUACGCUGCUGUCACACAGGCUGACCGGGACGAAAACUUAAACAUCGCCAGCCAUCACGAUGUAGAGUCCCACCCUCAGGACUCCUCGAAUCCUCUUUCGCAGCUAGACACUACAAAGCCACAUUUCCACUGCGAGACGUGCGAUCGCCAGCUCGAGCGCCGAGAGAGAAAGGAGAAAGAGCGGGAAUGCUGCCAGAUGGUCGCGGUGGUGUUUAUCGUGGCUAUUGUCUGUUUGACAUUGCUGGGGAUUGUGAUUGCAAGAAGUCAUGAGCAGCAAACUGAGGUUCAGCCUCAGCAGGAUGUCCAGACUCAGCAGCCGAUCAAGAAGGGCGAGAGGGAAAAAUUCGAGGACUACGUCGGCGAAGAGAGGAAGCUAAUGCAGGAAGGAGACACGUACAGUGGACUCAUAGCGGUAGAGAAGAAACAGUUCCAGAUAUUAAAGAUGCCGGUGAUCGAUCGUUGCAAGUGGCGGUAUGCCUACCAGCUGGACAAGCUCGGCAUUACGCCCGAUUAUUACCGAAUCGGCGUGGCCAACCUCCUUGGUCCGGUGUAUCCUGCCCCCAGAGACCUCAGUAGCAACUCAAGCCGAGUCGCAGCUGGAUGGGAGAAUCUUACAGCGACGCUACACCGCGAGACCUCCUCGGAUUCAUCAUUACUGUCGAAUCUCACCUUCUCUGUCGGUCUGUUUUCCAUCCACGAUCCAGAAGCAGAGACUUUGCAGUUUCACUACACCUCGUCCGAGAUCCAGAAUGCCCCAAAUGGCACUAAGAAAGUCGACGGAGACAGUAUCUAUCGCGUAGCUAGUCUCUCGAAGCUUUUCACCGUUUUUGCUGCGAUGCUUGAGCUCGACAGUGAGCAAUGGGAACGUCCUCUGACGGAGAUUAUUCCAUCCUUCGCCGAAUACGUCAAGUCCAGAUCCGACGUAGACUCAGUCUACUAUACCCCGUGGGACCAAAUCACCCCCAGCGCCCUUGCCGCGCAAAUAAGCGGCGUUGCGCGCGAUGUAUUGCCAUGGGACGGUGGGGAUUUACUCCUGCAGUAUGCAAUCGCGAUCCUUGCCGGCUUGAACCCUGUGCCUGCAGUCCUCGAUCCAGCAACCUACGGACUCCCCCCGUUCGACCAGAACGAUAUCCCAUUACUGUCACCGUGUCUGGCAAACGGGAGCGUGCCGUGCACUGGGUCUCUCUACGCCGCCGGGGCAGCCAACGACGCACCUGUGUAUCUCCCUUGGACAAGCCCGGGGUACUCGAACAAUGGGUUCAUCCUGCUUGGUCUCGCUCUCGCCAAUUUGACUGGGAAAUCCCUCGACGAGAUAUAUAAGCAGAGUAUCUUCGAUCCGCUAGACAUGCAUUCCUCCUACUCCGCCGUCCCGGGAGCGUCUGAGCUCUCCCGCUCCGUGAUCGCAGGCGACUUCGCCUCGGGCUUUGGCUACGACGGCGGCAUCUCCAAGUCGUCGGGGGGAAUCUACUCGACCACCAACGACCUGGCAAAGUUUGGCACGGCGAUCUUGAACUCUACACUCCUACCGCCGGUCGACACACGCAGGUGGAUGAAACCCGUCUCGCACACGGCGGACCUGCAGUAUUCUGUCGGUCGACCUUGGGAGAUAUACCGGUACACGCAUGCCAAGUCGGGCGUGGUCACGGAUCUGUACACCAAGCUAGGGGACGCAGGGAACUACGGCAGUUUCCUUGUCUUGGUUCCUGAUUUCAACGCUGGGUUUAGCAUCAUCGGGGCCAGCGCGUUGGCGACGCGAUCGGACGCGACGAACCUUCUUGCGGAUCUCGUCACGGAGGCUAUUCUCCCUGCGCUCAUGGAGCAGGCUGCGUCUGAAGCGAGGAGGAAUUUUGCGGGGGAGUACACGAGCGACCGGUUGAACUCCUCUCUGGCGCUGGCUGUUAGUUCUCCUGGUGAAAAUCCCGGCUUGUCGGUUAGCUCGUGGGUCAGCAAUGGGACGGAUCUUAUGCCGUUGGUGGGCACGUUGCUCGGGAAUGAGAAUUCGAGGCUCGUGCCGACGAUUGUGUCGGAGGGUGCCAGGGAGGUGGCUUUUAGGGCGUAUACAGUUACACAGCAGAAGUCCGGAGGAUUAUUUCAGAGGAAUUUCGAUGUGAAUGACUGGCUGGUCGUCGGCAGCGGGGGAUACGCAUCUAAAUCACUUGGACAAUUUGUAUUUGAGGUGGACGAGCAGGGGAAGGCGACGAAGGUGGAAUUGCCAGCUUGGAAUGUGACUCUUCAUAGAUAG